AUGCACGAGCAGUCCCUUUUCGCCUCGGUCCCUGCGCACCAACAUCAUGAGCUUCUUCAGCAGCUCGCCGGGCUGACUGCCAUGCAGCCCCGCCACUGCCUGGAGCGGCGGUUAAUCUUCAAGGCCUUUCGGAAACCAGGGCUGGCGGGGCGCACCGGAGCCAGUCAGGAUCUCCAGCAGGGCGACAUGCAACGCUUGAACAAAAUGCUGAAUGGGAACACGUACUACACGCAAGCUGUCGGUCCAGUCACCGAGGCGGACUUUGGAUCUUCCGACUCCGAUGCUCAGAUGAUCGGGACGGAGCCGAUCUACGAUUACGGGCAACAACCGUGGAAAUUGGAGUUUCGCGAUAUUCCCGAAGCUGGGACGCGGUCUGCGGUCACCUCGAGGCUGAUGUCCAGUGCAGUGCUGCCGAGGGGCAAUGUCAUACCACUGAUGUUUGCGUGGGGAUACAAUUUCAAAGCAGAAUUUGUGGUCGAAGGUGAUAUGUUUGUUCACAACGACAUUGCCAUCUUUGUGCAUCGGGUGCUCCAAUACCCAGAUGAGUCCAGCCAACCACGGGAAAUACUACCUGCAUUCAAGGAUAUGACUCUACUGGAGGAGAGUGGAAGCUAUGUGUUGCAGGCGUUCAUCACUGUCCAAGACGGCAGUAAUCAAGAAACAAUGAAGACGGCCUCGCAGCACCUCUUCGGAUUACGAGAACAACUGAAAUCAGCCGUUCGUUUGGAGCAGGCUGAUCGACUGUCACUCGACACACGGGCAAAAUAG